UCAGUAGCAUAUGCAUGAAAGAGGCAGCAGCCAUUGAUGAAAACUUGCAUGUUUAAGUUAUAUAUAUAUAUGCCCAUUUGAGAACCAGAAACAUUAAACUAGUCUGAAUAUUCAUUCCCUAAACUUCUCCCUGGUUUCUUCACCUCCAUAGAGCCUUUCUUCAAGUUUCUCUAGCUAUUUUGGUUUUCAGAUUUUAAUUUGUUGGCUUCAGAAUGAGUCACUACAGCCAUCAACAAGCUCCAGUGUAUCCUCCACCUCCAACAUCAUAUCCACCACCACCAAGUCAGCUGUAUCCUCCACCACAAGCCCAACAGGGUCCUUAUGUAGCUCCACCUCCAGUUGGUUACCCAAUGAAAAGUGGUGUUGGAUAUAUUCCCCAAAAUCAGCAACCUCCUCCAUCAGAAACUAAACAAAGAGGUGGAUGCUGCAGAGGAUUUUGUGCUGGAAUGUGUUGCUGCUGCCUCCUAGAUGCUUGCUUUUGAGGACUGAUUGUUCCUGAUCCUGUUCAUAUUCUUUUUUGAGCUCUUCGCUUUUCUUGAAGUGCUUUUGUCAUUCUUUAUGUUUUACUUUAUGUUCUAUGUAUUUUGAUUCUUUUAUACAAUAAUAAUACACGAUUUAUUUGUUCGUU